AUGCCCUCAACUGCAUCCCUCAACUGCAUCCCUCAACAAUACCUUCAUAACAAGUAUCACUCCUUCCAUUAUCAGGCAACUUCGCAUCUCACAAAACGGACUAUGGACGAUCCCACUCGAUACCAUGGCACUUUGGUGUCUCUCGAGGGCCCGGUCGACGUUCUUGCCACCCAGCUACGUCUGCUCCCAACCUCACCACAAAUCUUCAUCCUGCCCCAAGUCCAGACCUAUCUUGAGGACGGAGACCCAAGCGAGAGGUUCGAUGCUCGGAAGUUCAUCAGGAGAAUGCAUAAUGCCGUCGCCGCGCGGAACGAGGUUGCCUACUCCUUUCUGAAAGAUUCAACCCCAACCAACAAAAGACUGGUCUUCACGAACGGCAGCACACCUGGCGCCCAGGCCAUCUGCAUCAAAACGAUUGCUGAACAUGAGACCGACGGCGAUAUCUCUCAUGCCAAGCUUCUCUUCAACGACAUUGUCAAGCAUGGCGCGGCUGGACUUGAAGAUGACUGGUUUUCUCGACAGAGGGAGGAUAGACACCACGUACCGGAAGAAGACCCCAUCGUGAGAGCCAUGCGAGCGGCUGAAGCCCUUGAUCGACUAACUGCCGACUUACAACCAAAUACCGACGUAGACCUCACCUUCAAGGCUAGGCCCCGGAGUAUGAGCCUUCCCAUUUACAGCUUCGAUGAUAGAUUCGGCGACGCUGCACCAUUCUACGUUUUUGGAGUCAGGUCUUGCGAAGACGAUGAAUGUGUCGAUGACAGCACCAGAAACGACUUUCUUUCAGCAACCCCAAGAUUGGCAGUCACCGAUUUCGGCGAAAGUUUGACCGAUACCAUAGCAACCUUCGAGGCCGUGGAUGAUUGUCUCCCGCCCCUCAGGUCACCGAGUUGCGUAGGGGAGACAUACGAGCACCAGACUAUAUCACCACGUCGACUAUUUACAACGGAAUUGCUCUCGCCCCUUUCGGGUCACAGCACAGAGUCUACAGACGCAGUUGCAUAUGGAGAAGGUUCUCUGAUGCAGAUGCAGAUGGGCAACCCUCGAAGAUCAACGAAGCGAACGAAAUCUCUUGACCGAGCAUACGAAACUGGGGAUAGCUACGGGGAUCCUCCGCUCCAAGCUCAGAUUCAGGCCAGGGUCGACAGCGGGAAGGCUCUGUCAGAAGAUGGCCGACGCGACUCCAAUGUCGGGACACUGCUGCAAAAAUCACUGCCGAGGACAAUCCACGUCCUCUGCGAUCGUCCCACUGUCUUAUUAUCUCCUCCGCCACCAAAACCGAAGAAAAUGGCCAACGGGGCUUAUGUUGACAAGGGCACAGAUGCAGAAAGCUUUCGGUCUCCUGAGCCCCCUUUCCGGCCCGUGCUGCCCUUUACCGAAGAUCUUGUCAUUAAGAUCCAGGAUGGAGCUGAUGAUAGUGUCCUCGAUGCUACCAUCGGCGCAUUCAGAGCUGGUGUUUAUCCAAUUCAGACGCAAGAACAGUCCGAGCAACUGGUAGCCCGAAAAGAAUCAGUCGUAAGGGCACCCAGGCUUCACGAUGUCGAGACUGCUGCUGAAGACUCUGUCAAUUCUUCUGCGUCAGUACUGUCGUUCGGCCCAGAUCCAGACGAAUACGAUCCUUUUGCCUACGGUCCGACACCCCUCAAACCUGCAAACACAACUCGUUUAACACUAAAACUGAAGCCUGCAACUCCACCAACCCCAGCACAGACACCCUCUUCUCUGUCUUCUGUCUGCGGACCGGGGGAAGAAAGGAUCCAGAGCUGCGACAUAACAGGUUGCAAGACAGCGGUUGCUGUCCAGAACUCUCUGCGGCUCCUGCUAAACUUUCACUUCCCUCCGGAGGACCAAGGAUAUCACCGCUUUCAUUUUUCCAUACUACCAGAGAUGGGUGGCCUCUGGAAGCCCGUCUUCCGCAAUGCCGGCGCGGAAAGUCCGCGCAACGGUCAGCGCAGGAUCGACCAGAUUCUAGCUGUAGGAGCGCGUCGGGGGGUUAAGAAGACUCACUUGUCGAAUCUCAUCGGACAGCUUGAAAAGCUGGGAGUGAAAUCUGGCGAAGUCAGCCGAAGCGGGCGGCUUGAUUUUCGCGGGAAGGCGACUUCCGACGCCUAUCUCUGCCUCCUUCUCUCCAUUUCCGAGAACGACCAUGGGGCUUCAGAGCCCUCCAUUAUCGCCACCGCCGCAGAUAUUACCCCCGCCGCCAAGAGGCAACCAUCAUCCCCGACCGCCCUCGCCCGCAAUGUCGUCCAGAGCCUCGUUCGCUGA